UAUAAGUCCUCAACUUUCAACAUGGUUUCUGAAAAUAUUCAAGAAAAUAUUAAGCUUCCAAUCAUUGACCUUUCAUUAGAGAAAUCACAAAUAAUAAAACUCAUAGUGAAAGCCUCUGAAGAAUUUGGUUUUUUCAAAGUUAUUAACCAUGGUGUUGACACAAAUGUUAUAAAAAAAAUGGAAGAUGAAAGUUAUAAUUUUUUUUCCAAACCUUUUUCCCAAAAACAAUGUGCUGGUCCAGCAAAUCCCUAUGGUUAUGGUUGCAAAAACAUAGGAUUUAAUGGAGAUAAUGGAGAAGUUGAAUAUUUGUUACUUCAUGCCAAUCCUAAUUUGUCUAUCUCUCAACUAUCAAAAAACAUUUCAAGUGAUCCACUUAUGUUCAGUUGUGCAGUAAAUGGUUAUGUAGAAUCAGUGAGGGAGUUGGCAUGUAAGAUAUUGGAAUUGAUGGCACAAGGAUUAAGGGUCCAACAAACUUCAGUCUACAGUAAUCUUCUCAUGGACCUUCAUUCUGAUUCUCUACUACGGAUUAAUCACUACCCUCCAUUCAACUGGACCCCACAUCUUCUCCAUCAUGAUUGUGACACGUCACCUAACUCCUGCAACUCCACGGUAAGUAAAAUUGGAUUUGGAGAGCAUACGGACCCUCAGAUCUUGACCAUCUUAAGAUCAAACGAUGCUCCUGGCCUACAAAUAUCACCUCAAAAGGGAUUGUGGGUCCCUGUAUCACCUCACCCGAAUACUGCUUUCUCCGUCUUCGUUGGAGACACUUUACAGGCUCUGACAAAUGGAAGGUUUAAGAGUGUGAGGCAUAGGGCAAUGGUGAAUUCAUGCAAAACUAGGAUGUCAAUGGUGUACUUUGGUGCCCCAUCACCCCAUGCUAGAAUUUGUUGUCCCUUAGAAUUGGUCACUACAACACCACACAAACCUUAUCAUCUAUAUAGGCCAUUCACUUGGGCUGAGUACAAGAAAGCUACUUAUUCCAUGAGACUUGGGGACACUCGUCUUGAUCAAUUUUUCAGACUACAAUCAGAAAAUGAUGAAACAAUAACUAUUAAUAAUCAGACAUCUUAAGUUUGAAAUUUUAGAAUUUUUUUU